AUGGGUGAAUGUACUGCCGACGACAAGAGGGUGUGCUACGUGCCGAUGCCGUCGCUCGGCCACGAGCUGGGCAUCAUAUUCGGCUUCCUCGCUCUGAUGCUCAUCUGCAUGUGCGCGUACGGCUUCGCGUGGCAGAUUGGCAACAGGCGCUCCCUGCGCAAAGAGGAGGAGCGCAUCGCCGCCUUGCGCGCAUCCGGGCACCUGAAGGACGAGAAGAGCUCGGCCGAAAGCGGCGGUGUCCGACCAUAG